CUUCAGCGCGCUCUUCCCGGAUAAGUACGCACCAAGUUCGUGAGCUGAACGAUGAGAUAAGAUCAGUCGCCUCGAUAAUCCGAACGCACCGGUGCGCGAGUUUCCAAGUGCGUCAGAUACGGCGAGCGUGCUCUCGGUCGCUUUACGCCAGAGGAUGGAGUGUUGAUGUGCUCCCGCUGAGUUUCAGUUCAACCGGACCACCCAGCUGGCAUUUUAAAGUUUUUCUUUUUUUUCCAUAAAGCGGACAGCUCAGCAGAAUGUUCUGAAAGAAUUCUGGAUUUGUAGCUGAUAUUUUAGCGGAUAUUUUAAUGACUGACUGAUUCGCAGCCCGGGGGAGAAACGCAGUGAAACGGCUUUGCGUGUGCCAGCAGGACUCGGGCUCGGGACGACCGCCGCUGCGUAACCGAACUCACGAGGAUUAUGUCAUUCAUGCAGCAAACAUCUGUGUCGGACAUGAGAAAGGAGCACGCGUAGAGUCCCCACCAACACGACAAGCAUGAUGUCUACACGGGCUGAUCAGAGGUGCGCGCGCCUGCUUUGCCCGCUUGUGGAUCUGCUGCUCCUCGCGUCCCUCUGCGCGGUGGGUUAUGGCAGGGCUGGCGUGAUCAUGGAGGUGGUGUCCCGUUUCUCGUCUGUAUCCACCUACCUACCCGUGUCCUGCCAGCUCCAGGGUUCUGAAUCCUCCUUCUUCCUCCGCGAGGCGUCAGAGGAAGUGAUGCGCAAUGGAAGUUUGCAGACACGCACCGAGCCUCUCUUCCUCCACCUGCCCGACGUUAGCGCCACCUCCCUGCUGUCCAUCAACUGCAGCUAUGGCAACCUCACCGCAGAAAUGCCCGUGCCACCAGAUCUCCUCCAGGGGGCGCUGCCACACGCCCUCCCUGCCACGGCGCACCUGACUCUGGGCUGGAAGGUCCGGGCGCACCUGCUGAGUGCCACCGUCCUGGUGGAGCAGCCCCAGGUGUAUGUCCUGUUUUACCUGGCGGGCCGCAGGUGGGAUGACACAGACCCACCCCCAGAGCUCCUACCAUGCGUGCGCAUGGUGGCGUUCCAUGACCAGGGGGAAGGAGCUCUUUCCACGGCCUGUGCCCUGGAGGGCAGCCUGGGAAUCUGUGUUGCUCGGCUCGAGAUCCCAAAUGCCUGGUUUAGCCCGGUUCCCACUCGCAGACGCACCCAGGAGCCUGUUUCCCCCACCGUGGAGCUGCACUACUCCCUACUACCUGUAGAGGGCGAGAGGCGUGAGUGUGUAAGGGGUAGAGUGCUAGGGAAGGCUGCAGGGCUGGAAGGGGACAUGUGGAGGAUUGGAACAGUGACUCUGGGCUCUGGAGACAGUAAAGGGGACAGCGACAGACUGCGGCUGGAUCAGAACGUGCAGAUCGUGGCUCCGACGCGGCCAGUGAAGCAGGGACAGACGGUGGGCUUCCAGGUACUCCUCAGUACUGCAACCACUGUGGAGCAGCUCACCAUCAGAGUGCAGUACGGAGAAGGCAUCAGCUUUGUGGUGGUGAGGCCCAAUAACCUGCAAACGUGGGAGAUCAAACAUGAGGUCAUUCCAGGCUCCGCCUCCAUCUCCAUAUUCUGUCAGAGAAAGAUCAGCUCCUCCAGUGAGAGGUUGGAAGGGUCCUUUUAUGAGGUGAUGUGGGUGGACUUAGAAGUUGACAACUUCAUCACCCUGCAGGCUUCUCAGGCUGUACGCUGGCGUCUGGAGUACCCGGCCACGGGAGAGACAGCUGAGGCUGUCACCAUCAUCUACAUCAGCCAGAGGGACGUCCUGGGCCUCGUGCCACUCGCUGAGGACACAGAAAUCCUGAACACGGCGAUCCUGACAGGUCAGCGUGUGACUCUGCCGGUGAAGGUGGUCACCGUGGAACAGGAUGGCACCGUGCGAGAAGUCGAUGACCCCGUGACCUGUAGGUCAACUGACGAGGAUGUACUGAAGGUUUCUCCUACGUGUGACGAGGUAUUGGUCAAUGGGAAGGAGAUGAGAGGGCGUGUCUCUCUGCAGGUGAAUUUUACAUACUUGUAUCUGAGCAGCCAAUUAGAACUCACCGUCUGGGUGCCACGGUUACCGCUCCAGAUUGACGUCUCGGAUGUGGAGCUGAGCCAGGUCAAAGGCUGGAGAGUCCCAAUAACCACCAACAAGAGACCAACGCGGGAGAGUGAGGAUGACGAUGAUGAUGAUCGCAGGGGCAAAGGCUGUACGCUGCAGUAUCAGUACGCGCUCGUGCGUGUGCUCACACAUUUUGUGGCAGAGCUGACGGAACCUGGGGGAGAGCUUGUGCACAUGCUUGGAUCUGAUUGGUCAGCUGACAUCACAGAGCUGGUGUUGGACUUCCUGAAGGUGGAGGAGGAGAGAAUCGCACAACUUGUGGAAGGAAGGGUUCUGAUGGGGAAAGACCUGGGCAUCACCACUAUACAGGUGAUCUCCCCUCUAUCUGACUCCAUCCUGGCAGAGAAGACCAUCACGGUCCUCGAUGAUAAAGUGAGCAUCACAGACCUGGGGGUGCAGCUGGUGGCAUCCCUGUCGCUGUCGCUACAGCGCAGCCCCGCCCACAGCAGGGCCCUGUACGUCACCACCACCGCCCAACACCUGCUCCACACACACAAACAGGAAGCUGUGAUCAGCGCAUGGAUUCAGUACAGCGAUGGCUCUGUGACGCCUCUCCACAUCUACGAUCCCAAAGACUUCACGCUUACUGCCACCUCUAUGGAUGAGAGCAUUGUCUCCACCUAUCAGGACCACCCGCUGCACUGGCCUGUGGCAGUGGCAGAGGGUGAAGGCCAGGGGCCGCUAGUGCGUGUGGAGAUGGUGAUCGCUGAAACUUGCCAGAAAUCCAAGAGGAAGAGUGUGCUGGCGAUGGGCGUGGGCAGCAUCCAGGUGAAGUUCAGCCAAGACCACGUCGGCCAGAAGACGCGGGCACAGGAGGAGGGAGGCACUCUGGACAACAGUACCAGCGAGCAGAGGCAGAAGGCCCUAGAACAGGAGCAGGGCAGAAGCUCCGUUGGCGGGAAGUACCAAAACUCAGCAGGGGAGCGGGAGGAUGGUACGCUCCGGAAGGCCAGCCCCACCACCCGGACCGCCGGCACCAGCCGCACCGGGGGCGGCAGGCAAGCUGGAGGGAGGAACAGCGGCCCUGUGGACUACACCAGCUACCCUGCUCAGGUGGAGCUCCCGGCCGGGGCAGAGGGAGAACUCCCGCAGGCCUCCCGCCGCCUGUCGGACCUGGAGAUCGGCAUGUACGCCCUGCUCGGAGUCUUCUGUCUCGCCAUCCUCGUCUUCCUCAUCAACUGCGUGAGUUUUGCUUUUCGCUAUCGCCACAAACAGCUUCCUGUCCUGGAGCAGGGCAGCAUGAACCACGCCCACGACUGGGUGUGGCUUGGCAACGAGGCAGACCUGCUGGAUCACCAUGGCGAUCACGGGCCGCUGGGACCUGCCGACGAGUGCACAACGGCGAUCGACCGGAGCGAGUGCUGUGAGGAGAGCAAGUACCUCCUAAAUGGGGGUGGGACACAGAAAGGUAGCUCCGCCCACACGCAGGUGCUGCCACGAACACUCCCAGAGCCCCGCCCUUGUUCAGUAGUGGAGCAGAGUGUCAAAACAGAAGCAGUUAGUGGCUCUCCCACUGCUGUCAAACGCAAGAGAGUGAAAUUCACGUCAUACACCACCGUCCUACCAGACGAAGGGGGGCCAUACACCAACUCAGUCCUCAUCGGGAAUGAAGACGAUAUAAAGUGGGUCUGUCAGGACAUGGACCUGGGCCAGUCCACUGAGCUCAGAACAUACAUGGAAAGACUGCAAGACAAUCUGUAAAAAGAAGAAUAAGGGAGACAGAGAGAGAGAUGGAGAGAGAGAGGAACAGAGAGAGAGAGGACAGACUCAACACAAACUCACCUGUAAUGCCUUUGCACUGAGGUGGAGUAAAGGGCAUGACGGAGGAAACAAGAAAAGAACAGAUUACCAGAGGCACUGAUAAACAAAUGAAAGAAGAGAAAUCAAGUGCUUUAUUUAGGCUGAAGCAGGAAAUACAGGGAAGAGGGGGUGGGGCAGGGGCCUGGGAAAACUACUACUGGAUGAUGGGGCUUACCAGGGGCAUAAAGACAGCAGCUUCUAUCUGGCUAACACAACAGAGAGCAAACUAACAUACGGCAGUGUUCAGUCACCAACACACAGACAAGACCAGCAAGCAAGAGAAACAAACACAGAGAGAGAGAGAGAGAGAGAGAGCCAGGUAGCUGGGAUUAUACACACACCUGACAGCUAUGUAGGAUUUUUCAGUCAAUGAGUGGAAUAAGCAGGCAGUUAUUAAAAAUAUCCUCGUUAUUUUGUUUUGAAUAUAUUUGAAUUGAAUAGUUAGUAUUUGACUGCUAUAUGGGACAGAGUUUAUAUUUUGGAAAAAAGUGAUAAUUUACUAGCACGAGAAAGCUUCCCAGCAACCACAGUCUGGUGAGUGCAUUAGUGAGUGCGUGAGUGAGUGAGUGAGUGGGUGUGAAUGAGUGAGUGGGCGAGUGGG